AUGCUUCAAUCCCCAUUUUCACUUGGUGAUGACAACCUCCUCACCUGCCUAACCCAACCAAAGCUUGCUGAUCAUCAUGCCCUGACCACACCAAAAGCCUUCAAAAUCAUGCACACUUGUCUCUCUUUUGACAUUCUGUUUGGAUGGAGAAAAGCCUCUGAAUGCAAGAAAUUAUUAAGGCAUGUUCAGUGCCGCCUUAAGUUACUCAAGUGCAAGAGAUCCUCAAUUGUGAAGCAUUUAAGCAGUGACAUUGCUCAGCUACUCAACAAUGGCAUGCUUGAUUCUGCGUUCGCACGGGUUGAGCAGCUAUACAGGGAUCAGGGACUAUUAGCUGCUUAUGAUCUCUUGGAUCACUUCUGUGAGUUCAUCAUCAUUCACUUCUCCUACAUUCGCCGACACAGGGUUUGUACUAAUGAGAUAAAUGAAGCAAUUUCAACUUUAAUAUUUGCUGCUGCAUGGUGUGGAGAUCUGCCUGAACUUCAACUAAUCCGGAAGCUCUUUGGGGAACGUUAUGGACGCAGAUUCUGUACAACUGCAGUCGAAUUACAUCCUGGAAACCAUGUGAAUAAAGAGAUGAGGGAGAAACUAUGCAGAACAUCGAUUUCCCAUGAAUUGAAAGUCAAAUUGAUCAAUGAAAUAGCCAAGGACCACUGCCUCCAACUGGGGAACCUCGAGGAAGAGGCUCAAGAAAAAAGAUUACAGUUGAUAGUCUCACCAGCAAAGCAUGAUCCACAUGUUAGCAGUAUCGAAAGUGAGGGUUCGAACAAAGUAUCGACUGUCCAUACGGAAAAAUUCAGUGAGGUUUCGUCUCAGAUUCAGGAGAGCAUUGUUUGUGUAGAGGAAGUCGAGGAGUUUCAGUUCACUGAAUUACAGGAUGGAUUGGGUGAAGAGAAAAGUGUUUUUCUGUUCAAUUUCAUAAGCGAUGGAGCUAGAUUGUUAAUCUUCUUACCCGAUGGCGUACACUCCAGCAAAAAUCCUGAAUCAAGAAAUGGUAGACCAACUAGUAACUGCAGAAACUCUCAAACUACAUCAAACUACAGCCGCAGAUUUAGCACUGACCUACAUUACUGCUUUGUGCAUCCAUGCUACGUAUGUACUAAUUGCCAUAAACUUGUUUGUCGAAGCCCGUUUUCAGGCCAACAGAGAAGAGCCGCAAAUUAUGCCAAGCAAAUGGAGAAAAGAAAGGUGCUGGGACAUGCUGAAGCAUCAAAACAUCCAGACAGCGUCACCUCUUCCAUUGGAUCAUGCUCGCGGGGAUCUAGUACUUAUGCAGCAGCAGAGAGAGUUGUUAGUGUACCAGCUGAUAAGGGCAUGGCUAAUGAGAUGAUUUUGAAAUCGGAUUCUUCAGUAAGAAGAAGCUCAGUAUCAUCUUGUAAACAUGUACACCCAAAGCUUCCAGACUAUGAUGAAUUGGCAGCAAAGUUCAGAGCUCUCAGAAGAGAGCAUCAGCAGAGAAACGCCGCAGCCAUGGCUUUGGCACCAACUGAAUCUCAGCUGGAUUAA